AUGUCCCAGCAAUCACCAGUAAAACCGGUGCUGAAGAAGCCACCGGGAUACAGAGACCCGAACCAACAGCCUAGACUGGUUCCCGGCCAGACUCCCCGAAAACCGGUUCCCCUCCCUCCCUCAUUUCAGCCACUACCGAAGCCCCGGCGCAACAGUUGCUGCCGUGUCUUUUGUUGGGUGUCUUGCAUUUUAAUCCUUGUGAUCAUCGUCGUCGUAGCGCUGGCUGCCGGAAUAUUCUUCCUCUUAUUCGAUCCAAGGCUCCCUCUGGUUUACUUGCGUUCGUUUCAGAUACCUCUAUUCAAUACCACGGUGAAAUCCGGAGGGACUUACCUCGACUCAUGGACAGUUCCGGAGAUGGAGGUGAAGAACCCUAAUGGUAAGUUAGACAUAUUCUACUCAGUGUUGCAUGCCUACGUCAGUGUCGGGGACCCGAACGACAUAGGGUUGGUGUUGGGGAUGAAAGAGCUGGGAGGGUUUACGCAGAAGUCGAGGAACACGACGACUGUUAAGUUUGAUUACGUGGUGAAGGAUCGGCAGCUGAACGACGCGGUGGCGAAGAAGCUGAGGAGUCAGUAUGAGGGGAAAGUGAUGAAGGUUGGGGUGGAGAUGAAGACCAAGGUAGGUUAUGUGGUGAAGGGGUGGAGGAUAGGUACGAUGGAUAUUGAUGUAGAAUGUGGGGAUGUCACGAUGAAGGAGAUUCAUACUGGCAGUACCAUGCCCAAGUGUAAAAUGCACGCCUACAAAUGGUAA